CACCACCGCCGCCGCCGCCGCGGGAUCCCCGGGCCGGGAUGCGGCCGCGCCCCGCGCGCGCGUGAAGCGGCGCCCGACGCGCGGGGCCCCGGCCCCCCUGGGCGGCGGCGAUGUUCAGCUGGCUGGGCUCCGACGACCGCCGCAGGAAGGACCCCGAGGUCUUCCAGACGGUGAGCGACGGGCUCCGAAAGCUCUACAAGACCAAGCUGCUGCCCCUGGAGGAGCAUUACCGCUUCCACGAGUUCCACUCGCCCGCGCUGGAGGAUGCGGAUUUCGACAACAAGCCCAUGGUCCUGCUGGUGGGCCAGUACAGCACCGGGAAGACCACCUUCAUCAGGUACCUGCUGGAACAGGACUUUCCAGGCAUGCGGAUCGGGCCAGAGCCCACCACCGACUCCUUCAUCGCGGUCAUGCAGGGAGACGUGGAGGGCAUCGUCCCCGGCAAUGCCCUGGUCGUGGACCCUAAGAAGCCCUUCCGGAAGCUCAACGCCUUCGGCAAUGCCUUUCUGAACAGAUUCGUGUGCGCGCAGCUGCCCAACCCCGUGCUGGAGAGCAUCAGUGUCAUCGACACGCCAGGGAUCCUCUCCGGGGAGAAGCAGCGCAUCAGCCGAGGCUACGACUUCGCGGCCGUGCUGGAGUGGUUCGCCGAGCGGGUGGACCGCAUCAUCCUGCUGUUCGACGCCCACAAGCUGGACAUCUCGGACGAGUUCUCCGAGGUCAUCAAGGCGCUCAAGAACCACGAGGACAAGAUGCGGGUGGUGCUGAACAAGGCGGACCAGAUCGAGACGCAGCAGCUGAUGCGGGUGUACGGCGCCCUCAUGUGGUCGCUGGGCAAGAUCGUCAACACCCCCGAGGUCAUCCGCGUCUACAUCGGCUCCUUCUGGUCCCACCCGCUGCUCAUCCCCGACAACCGCAAGCUCUUCGAGGCCGAGGAGCAGGACCUGUUCAGGGAUAUCCAGAGCCUGCCCCGAAACGCUGCCCUGCGCAAGCUCAACGACCUCAUCAAGAGGGCCAGGCUGGCCAAGGUCCAUGCCUAUAUCAUCAGCUCUCUGAAGAAGGAGAUGCCCUCGGUGUUUGGGAAGGACAACAAGAAGAAGGAGCUGGUGAACAACCUGGCUGACAUCUAUGGCCGCAUCGAGCGGGAGCACCAGAUCUCACCGGGGGACUUCCCCAACCUGAAGAGGAUGCAGGACCAGCUGCAGGCCCAGGACUUCAGCAAGUUCCAGCCCCUGAAGACCAAGCUGCUGGAGGUGGUGGACGACAUGCUGGCCCACGACAUCGCCCAGCUCAUGGUGCUGGUGCGGCAGGAGGAGAUGCAGCGGCCCGUGCAGAUGGUGAAGGGCGGCGCCUUCGAUGGAACCCUGCAAGGCCCCUUCGGGCACGGCUACGGGGAGGGGGCCGGCGAGGGCAUCGACGACGCCGAGUGGGUGGUGGCCAGGGACAAGCCCAUGUACGAUGAGAUCUUCUACACGCUGUCCCCGGUGGACGGCAAGAUCACUGGCGCCAACGCCAAGAAGGAGAUGGUGCGCUCCAAGCUGCCCAACAGCGUGCUGGGGAAGAUCUGGAAGCUGGCCGACAUUGACAAGGACGGCAUGCUGGACGACGAGGAGUUUGCGCUGGCCAAUCACCUCAUCAAGGUCAAGCUAGAGGGCCACGAGCUGCCCAAUGAGCUGCCCGCUCACCUCCUGCCCCCAUCCAAGAGGAAAGUUGCCGACUGAGGGGUGAUGGGGGCGCUGGAGUCCAGAGUGGCAGGAGCUGGGAGAAGCACACACACACACACCCACACACAUACACACGCACACGCACAUGUGCCCACACGUACACGCCUUUUCCAAACUGCCCUGCAAAGAUGGGUCUCCAGAGGCCCUGAUUACUCUCUGGAAGCUUCUACACAUCCUCCAUGCAGGGAGGGAGGGGGAAUAUAGGCGUCCCCCUGGAGCCCAGCCCUGCACCCUCUGCUUCCUCCCACCUCUUACUGCCAGAGACUGUUCACACCCUCCCAGGGCGCCCAGCUCUAGGUCCCCUGUGGGCUCCAAACCCACGCUCAGAGCAGAUGGAAAAGGCAUGUCACCUCUUAGGCAAUUCCCUUUGUUUUCAGUGCUUGGCUCCCUAAUGUGAAAUUGAAAUCGACUCCCCCGCUAGGAGAGGGCCAGGAGAGGGCCAUGAGGGAGGCCAGGGUGAGGGCAGCCCUGGAGGGAGGAGAGAGGGGAGGGAAGCAUCUUCCAGGGACCAGCUCCGGAGCUCUGUCCUGUUGAGCUGAGGCUCUGUUCUUCCAGGACGGCCUAGCUUUGAACUUGGUCUGCACUUCACAUCCCAGGAAAAAAGAACAAGGGAAAAAAAAAUGCCCUGAACCAAAGAGAACUGAGAAAAAUCUUUCUGUGGGAGAGCAAGCAAAUAAUAGCCUGGUGUCUUCACACAGAGCCGGUCCAGGCGCUGAUGGCCCGGCAUCUGAGGGUCACGUUUCCCUUGGCCUGAUGCCUGGAUGAGCGUCCGUGAUCCCACAUGGCUCUGACCCCCCUCAGCUUUGCAGAUGGAGAGCUGAGAGGCAGAGACGUUCAGGUGACCUCUCCACAGUCACCGAGGUCACCGUGAUGGGGUGCGGAUUCCAUCGACCCCAGGGCCUCCCCCCAGCCGUGCCCUUGCGUGCCCAGCUCCAGCCUUGCUCCCCUGUGACACAAAAGCCCCGUCCAGCCUCACAGAGCUGGCUGCCGAGGUGGGAUGGCCAGCCAGCGUGUGUGGGGCCAGCAGCGGGACCAUCUGUCACAUCACAGAAGCAAACCGUGCCUUCUGGCUCAGUGGCCUGUCCCCAAAUCACAGAAGACAGCGCAUCGUGGUGAGUGGGCCACUCUCCAGCCCCGCCCGCACUCCGCAGCCUGCCUCAGCCCAGCCACCUGCAGCCGCGACUCGGAGCGGGACUGACUCUCACAGGGCCGACUGGGGAGGGGUGAGCCCCUGCGGGUUCUCACCCGGCUGGGCCCUGUCCACCAGUGUCCGGCCGUGGCUUCUUGUCGUCCUGGCCCUGCCCCGGUGAGGAAGCCCACUGAGGUGUUUUAUAUGUGGCUGCAGACCACAUAGCUGGUGUUCCAUCUCCAGUGCCACCGUUAUCCCCGCUGUCUGUCCAGAGCACUCUCUUAAUAUAGCACAUUUAGCCUUU